AUGAUUGAAGCCAUUGCGCAGUUUGGGUCAGGAUAUAAGCCCCCUUCUUACCAUGAGUUGAGAGUGCCCUUGCUACAGGAUGAAAAAGCUCAGAUUGACUGUAUCAAGAAGAAAUAUGAAGAUUAUUGGAAAAGUGAGUCUCAAUAUGCAGACAUGUUAUUUCAGUUGUUUGAUAGUAAAAUUGAAGAAAUUGGGGAGGAUAAUGUGGUACAAGUAGUUACAAACAAUGCAGCUAAUUAUGUUGCAACUGGUAGAAUGUUGAUGCAAAAACGGAGUAAGCUUUAUUGGACUCCUGGUGCAGCUCAUUGUUUGGACCUCAUGUUAGAGGAUAUUGGCAAGUUGAAAGCUUAUAAAAUAACAAUAGAGAGGGCAAAAACAAUGACAAGUUUUAUCUACAGACAUUACAAACUUGUUGAUGCUUUGAGGAAAAAGACAAAUGGGAUAGAUCUGGUGAGGUAUGGAGUUAAAAGAUUUGCUACCUCAUUCUUGACACUACAAAGUUUGUACAAGAACAAGGAUGCCUUGAAGCAAUUAUUUGUAUCUGAUGAUUGGAAUAGUUCUAAGUUGUCCAAGACAGAGACAGGUAAGAAAGUACUUGAUACAAUACUUGCACAAACAUUCUGGAACCAUGUCCUAGAUUGCUUAAGAGCAUCCCAACCAAUUUUAGUUGUCUUAAGGUUAGUAAAUGGUGAUGAGAGGUCUGCAUUGCCUGAAGUUUAUUUGGCAAUGGAAAUAGCAAAAAAAAGGAUGAAAGUAAAUUUUGCCAACAAAGAACGGUCAUGGAAGAAGGUGUUAGCAAUUAUUGAUGACCGUUGGGAGGUCCAAAUGGAUCGACCUUUAUAUGCUUUUACCUAG